CUGUAGUGUAUGGUUUUACCUUCCAUAUUUAUGUUUUGUAGAGUCGAUGUAUUUCUGUGUAGCAGUCCAUUGUUUCAGUACCAGUAUUCAGCCAAGGAAAAGUUUGAGUGGGUGGAAAACCACUUAGGACCUAACUUCAUAGACAAGGUGAUCCUGACUCGGGACAAGACCAUCAUCAAUGGACACUUGCUGAUAGAUGACCGACUGGACAUCAAAGGUGCCUGUACGGAGCCGACAUGGGAACACAUUCUGAUGACUGCCUGUCAUAACAAACAUAUGAAGCGUGUAAAACAACAGCGACUGGACAACUGGACAGAUGGCUCUUGGCAAACACUCAUAGAAGAUCGCCUAAAAAGACUUUCCUAAUAGGUUUAAUAAUAUUUUUUAAAUAAACACUGUAAGUUUGCUGACUAUUACUUAAAACUGUUACAUAGAUUGCAUUCUUUCUGUACCUCUGUAACAUAGAGACAUUUCAGGUUCCUGUUCUAAUCAUAGGAGAUAAAUUCCUAAUAAACUGUCUAUUGUC